AGCCGGGCCGGGGCGGGGGGGGCCCUGCCCGCACCCAUGAGCAGGGCCGCCGGCCUCCAGCGCCGCACCACCUACCUCAUCUCCCUCACCCUGGUCAAGCUCGAGUCGGUGGCAGCCCCGGACGACCCGGAGCAAGCGGGGGCGGCCGAUGGACCCCCCCGGGAGCCCCCCCGGGCUGAAGACGGCGGCGGCGGCGGUGGCAAGAGCAAGAGGCCGGAGCGGCUCUUCCAGCGCCAGGACGCGCUCUGGAUAAGUACCGCCGGCUCCGGCCCCCCGGACCCGCCGCUGCCCCCCGGCCCCCCCCGCGCCCCCAGCCCCGGCGCCCCCCCGGCCACCGAGGGCUCGACGGCCCGCGGGGCCCGGGGG